AUGAGUGCCAAUGGACUUCUGCGCAAAGACCAACUCGAGCUCAGUCUCCACGACGAGAAGAGGUUGAUCGAGGAGGGCAUCCUCAAGGAAGAUAACCCCCUCGAUUUCAGCAUCAAUUUCCAGAGACUAUGCGACGCCUGCAGGAGGGGCGACCUCAAGCUGUGCCAGGAGAUGAUCCAGGAGGGCGCAAACAUCAAUGCAAAGGAUCAGUAUGACUACACCCCUUUGAUCCUGGCCAGCCUGUGUGGACAUUACGAAGUUGUACAGCUUUUGUUAGAAUCGGGCGCAUUAUGCGAACGAGAUACAUUUCAGGGCGAAAGAUGUCUAUAUAAUGCUUUGAACGACCGGAUACGAAAUCUCUUGUUACAAUACGACUAUUCCAAGUCGACCGAUCCUUUGCAGCCGUUAGCGUCGCAUCUGGUCUCGUUGCUGAGCAGGGACCACCCCAGGACUCAUGACAUUACCGUCGUCACCCCUAGCGAGUCAUUCCGUCUGCAUAAAUUUAUCCUCUCUGCCCGGUCCCCUUACUUUCAGAGCAAACUCACCCAGUCUCCAGACACCAAACUCUGGAAACCGGCCCCCACGAUCCCUCCACAGUCCUUUGCCAUUGCCCUAAAGCAUCUGUAUCUCGGGGAAGUGCCCAGAGAUCUCGGCGGGGGCCCAGGGACCGGUUUUACCGAUUCCGAGAUCCUGGCCGGUGUCGACCGAAUAAGCAAACACUUAGAGGUCCACAACCUUUCACAGUUAAUCCUCGACAGCAAUGACCGUCGCUUAGCCCGGCAGCGGCGCCAGGAUGAAGUCCAAAGGGGCCGCGACCAGUUGGAGCACUGGUUCCGCGAGAACGUCUUGAAGCACGUCAUCGAGGUCGAGACUUCACGGGCCGACGACGUCAAAUGGGAUCGUGAAAAUGGCAUUUUUGCAGACGUCCUUCUCCGCGCCGACGAGGACGAAGCGGAAGAGGAGACUGCUCCUGCUCCUGGCCAGCGACCACCCCAACAGCCAUCUCGAUCUGCCACGAACGCGCUGGGCAUCCCCGUCGACCAACGGUCCAACCCCUCGCGUUCUCCCUCGCGCUCGCGGAGACCACGCAAAUCAAAGAUCUACCCGUGCCACAAAGCCAUGCUCAUCCGCUCAGAGUACUUCAUGACCAUGUUCGAGUCCUCGUUCCGCGAAGCCCAGGACACGCCGCACCUUCAGAUCGUGCCCAUCGACUGCAGCCCGGAGGUGCUGGAAAUCAUCCUGACGUUUCUGUACGCCGAGAGGGCGGACUUCGGGCUGGACAUCGCCGUCGACGUCCUCUUUGCCGCGGACAUGCUGUUCCUGGAGAAAGUGAAGGCGAAAGCCGCCCUGGUGAUCUCGUCGCUCGGCAGCGGAAACGCCAUGGCGAUGCCGAACGCCAUCAUCUCUCCUGCUGAGAUCACGACCGAGGAGAGUGGCGGCACAAAUGGCCACCACCACCACCACCACCGGGGAGAAGAGGAGGAGCUGGAUAUCUAUGAAAUCCUGCGCGCCGCCUGGCUCACGCGCGUGCAGCGUCUCGAGGAAUUCGCCGCGCGCUACAUCGCCUACCGGCUCGAGUCGUACAUCGACGACCCGGACUUUGCCGAGCUGGUCAAGGAGUCGGCGAGUCGGAUCAGCGCCCGGCAGGAGACCGACUCGAUCGAGCUGCUGGACGAUAUCCGGUACUACCUGAGCGAGCGGUUCCGCUUGCGCUUCGAGGACUCCGGGCUCGAGGAUGUCAUGGACGAGGAGCAGGCCAUCAUGGCCGAGACGCUCGCCCAAGGUCAAGCAGCGCAUGGGCAUACCGAGCAGGAGGCAACGACAACAGCAGCUGCUGCUGCCCCCACACUGCCGGUGCCGCAGUGGGGCUCGCAGAAGGGCUCAUUACAGCAGUUCCCCGCCGACGACGACGAAGGUGUGGACAUGUCGCCGCCCACGGCCGACCCCAACUCCGUCGAGGCGCUGCUCCAGUCCGGCGCGGUGCGCACGCUCGACGGCGAGCUCGCGGGCGACGAGUUCGCCGCCGACGCUGUCAACUACCAGAUCCUGCUGGGCAAGAUCGACCGUCUGCUCGACCGGUUGAAGCUGGACGCCUAG